CAUCUUAGCGCUCCCUCCCCCGGUGCGGCGGGAUUGAAUGAGUCGCUGCCCGCCCGCCUGCCAGCCCAGCGCCAUGUCAGGCACUCCGAGCCGCGGCACCCCCGGCGGGACCCCGCUGUCGCCGACCCGCAUCUCCCGGCUGCAGGAGAAGGAGGAACUGCGGCAGCUCAAUGACCGCCUGGCCGUUUACAUUGACCGUGUGCGGGCGCUGGAGCUGGAGAACGACCGUCUUCUGCUGAAGAUAUCGGAGAAGGAGGAGGUCACCACCCGGGAGGUGAGUGGAAUCAAGAGUCUCUAUGAGUCUGAACUGGCUGAUGCUCGAAGAGUUCUGGAUGAAACUGCCAAAGAGAGGGCUAGAUUACAAAUUGAAAUAGGAAAGCUGAGAGCAGAACUUGAGGAGUUCAAUAAAAGCUACAAGAAGAAAGAUGCAGAUUUGUCUGUGGCUCAGGGUCGUAUCAAGGAUCUGGAAGUUCUCUUCCAUAGAAGUGAAGCAGAACUCAAUACUGUCCUGAAUGAGAAACGCAGUCUGGAAGCAGAGGUGGCUGAUCUGCGUGCCCAGCUUGCUAAGGCUGAAGAUGGUCAUGCUGUGGCAAAGAAGCAGUUGGAGAAGGAGACACUCAUGCGUGUGGACCUGGAAAAUCGGUGCCAGAGUUUGCAAGAGGAUCUGGAUUUCAGGAAGAAUGUAUUUGAGGAGGAAAUAAGGGAAACAAGAAAACGACAUGAACAUCGUUUGAUUGAGGUGGACACAAGCCGCCAACAGGAGUAUGAAUCUAAAAUGACCCAGGCUCUGGAGGAUCUGCGAAAUCAACAUGAUGAACAAGUCAAACUGUAUAAGAUGGAGCUGGAGCAGACAUAUCAGGCUAAGCUGGAGAAUGCCAAAUUGUCUUCUGACCAAAAUGACAAAGCUGCUGGUGCAGCUCGAGAGGAGCUGAAGGAGGCUCGCAUGAGGAUAGAAGCUCUUAGCUACCAGCUUUCUGGUCUUCAGAAACAGGCCAGUGCAGCAGAAGAUCGCAUUCGGGAACUGGAGGAAAUGAUGGCUGGUGAGCGGGAGAAGUUCAGGAAGAUGCUGGAUGCAAAGGAAAGGGAAAUGACAGACAUGAGGGACCAGAUGCAGCUUCAACUUACGGAGUACCAAGAACUACUUGAUGUUAAAUUAGCCCUGGACAUGGAGAUCAGUGCUUACCGAAAGCUCCUGGAAGGCGAGGAAGAAAGGUUGAAGCUCUCUCCAAGUCCCUCUUCCCGUGUCACAGUCUCUCGGGCUACCUCCAGCAGCAGCAGCAGCAGCACUUCACUUGCUCGCUCUUCCCGAGGCAAGAGAAAACGUAUUGAAGCAGAGGAGCUUUCUGGCAGUGGAACUAGUGGGAUUGGCACUGGAAGUAUCAGUGGCAGCAGCAGUAGCAGUAGCUUUCAAAUGUCCCAGCAAGCUUCAUCUACAGGAAGUAUCAGCAUAGAAGAGAUAGACCUGGAGGGCAAGUAUGUUCAGCUUAAGAACAACUCUGAGAAGGAUCAGUCUUUAGGUAACUGGAGACUGAAAAGACAAAUUGGAGAUGGAGACGAAAUUGCUUACAAAUUUACUCCUAAGUAUGUCCUCAGAGCUGGGCAGACUGUUACAAUCUGGGGUGCAGAUGCGGGCGUAUCUCAUAGUCCCCCUUCUGUUCUUGUGUGGAAGAAUCAAGGCAGCUGGGGCACUGGUGGAAAUAUCCGCACUUAUCUUGUCAACUCUGAAGGAGAGGAAGUUGCAGUGAGAAGUGUUACUAAAUCAGUAGUCAUGCGAGAGAAUGAAGAGGAAGAAGAUGAAGCAGAAUAUGGAGAGGAAGACCUUUUCAACCAACAGGGUGAUCCCAGAACAACCUCUAGAGGAUGCUCAGUGAUGUGAAGAAAGAAGAAAGAAACUAUUAUUUACGCUUUUCCCCCUUCAUUUAUUUCCUUUUAUUUUUGCUAUUUUUUCCUUCCAGAGCCACUGAAAACUAUUUUUAUAUGCAUCACCUGAUUUCUUUGACAUUUACUCCUUGGUACAUUUUUAUAAAAAAAUUCAAAAAAACUUUACUGAACAAAACUGCCAGAAUUUUUAAUAGAUUUCUUUAUUUUUCCCUCUUUGUUGAAACACUGUAUUGGAAUACAAUAUUUUUUCCCCCAUACAGAAUUUAAAGUCUUACAUAGAAACCUAAAGGAGAAAAGAGAUUUUUAGCUAAAAUGAGAUGAGACUCCUUGAGUGUAUGGUAAAUCUAUAAUUACAUAUAUAACCAGUAUAAUACCCCAGAAAGAAAGUUUAAUGAAGUGUGUUCAUUUACAGGGCCCUGGGAGAGAUUCACAGAGUGUUUCCUCAGCAGUUGUAGAAAAGCUAGUAUUUUGCCUGGUAUCCUCAGCAAUUCCCAGCUUAGGAAAAUUAGACCACAGAUUCACUCAAAGUGCUGCUCCACAAUUGCAAUGACAUGGGGAAGCUUCAUUUUAGUAAUUUUUGACUCAGGACCUUGCCAUUGUGUCUUUCUUCAGGGUUUGACAGCCUAAUGGUAAAACAUCUGGGUCUGUCACACCUGAGCUCCAUGUCAUCAUUUCAGAAGUUGAAUGGUGGGUUCUGCUUCCUGAAUAUGCACACCAUCCUAAGUUGGAAGUGUCAAACCCAGAGAUUGAACUGUUUGAUUUUUAGGGGAUUUUGCCAUUGUCACAAGUUAAAUCAUGGACACAAAUUGUGAUAUUCAGUAUUUAUAAUUUAAUCCUUUUGACAUAUUCAACUUUUAAAAUGUUUGAUUAAGAUUUUAGAAGUAAAACAUAUUUAUACUUUUGGCAGUGAUAAAUAUUGGGGAUUUUAAAGGUUAACCAAUGUAAAUGUUGACCUUUUUAAUCAGAGCUAGAUAGAGCUUGUUCAUACUUCUCUUAGUUUCAAAAGGGGCAUUAUCAGGUAUCCCAAGGAGCAAUAUUUGCAAAAUAGAGCAGAAAUAAUUGAAUGACUUUUAAACAGUUCAAAGGAACUGCCUGUGUUAAGGAUGUAAGCAAUGCAGCGUUCAAGUCCUCAAAGCAAAAUCUAACAACGAGUGAAGGAACAAUAAUGCUUUUUAUAAACAAUGUGUUGUAUGGGUAGCAGGUGAUUUUUAUUUUAAUAGGAUGCAUUUUUUAUCUGAUAGUGUCCAUUUAGCUUGAGGUUUCUGCUGCUGCAUUUCUCUGGAGAUAACUGAGUCCCAUAAGGGUUAGUUAGUGUUCAUCUUUAAGCACAAGGAAAAAUACUUGACUGUUCCAAAGAAUGCAAAUGUUUUUUCAACUACCAGCUGAAAAACAAACUUAGUACUUUGGAUACAAAAUUUGGACACCAUUUGAUUCCAGCAUAAAAUCCUGUUUUUACCUGCACUCUUGAACUCUGAUCUUGUAAAUCAAAAUGUUAAAACUCCUCAGACAAGUGACAAGAUGUGGAUGUUUUCGGUGGCUUUUGGACAUCAUGUUCUCUGAACAGUAUUGUGACUGACAGAUAUAACCUAGAAAGUUGGUUUAGUGGCUUGGAUUGAUGGCUUUGUUAUGCAAGCAGAGUGGGAACAAAAGGGGCUUUAAGCUUCAGGAUUUAUUUUGUCAUUUAAAAAUAAAGAUACUACUUUUCUCUCCUUGAGUGGGAUAACUGAGUUGCUGAAGUUAAGCUAGUAGACAUUUAGAAUUAUGUUUUAAUCCAUUAUCAGAAGACCCAUUACAAAAAAAUGAGAUAAAGAUUCGGCUGUUUGGGCUGAUGGGAUAACUGCAUUAAUGUACUUGGCCAUCUUUCUAUUGUAAUUUUUCCACUCUGCUUGUGUAGAAGGUUAAAUAUGUAGUAAAUCAUGUCUCUCUCUCUGUAAGAUGUAUCUAGUGAAAUUAUGUUUCUCAGACAUACUGUUAAAAUUACCUUUUCUAAAUUCAUUGUUAUGCAAAUGAAUGCAAUCAGUGUAAAGUUAUUUUUGCAACACACCUUCCAGCCACUGGACACAAUUUCCCUUUUCUGACCCACAGCUUCUAUAAUAUACUGACAUAGUGUUUGAGGGCUUUUUUGCUUUUUCCCUAAAGAUCUGUAUUUUUUACAUUGGCCAGUUUUUAGACUGCUUAUUCCUUUAAGAUUGUCCUGUAAAUUUAAGAUUAUUUUGUGAUCUUAAAUACUAAAGUAAUGAAUAUGUAGUUAAUUUACUUUUUUUUCUGUGGUUUUUGGUUUGUUUGUUUCCUGUAAAGAAUGGCUUCAGAAAGGCAGCUCAAAUGAAGAAAAACCUCUUGCUACCUGAGCCAUAGUUUUCCUAACAGCUACUGUAUGAGGAGUGUCUCUUUUUGUAGCCUGAAGAACUGGUGCUUGCAGAUCUCGUGUAAUGAGCACUGUGCCCUUGAGUAACAGUCUGCAGAAUUUGUCUUUAGAAUUGGAACUGUGGCCUUUAACUUUGGAAACGGUUUAUUUGAUUCUUUGGGACCAUGCUUAGGUGCAUACAGGUCAAAUAAACCUGUGAACACUGUGGGAAAAGCCAAGUCUGAAUGUGGAUGAUUCUGUUACCACAGUGCUUUUUAAUAGGCUACUACAAAUAUGAUAAAUAACUCCUGGCUGUAAAUUACAAGAUACAGAAGAACUACUGUAUUCCAUGUACUUUGUUUUUUGUGUUGCCUUCUCCAGACACCAUCCUGGCCUUUUGCUUUUGAUGCUGAGCUUCAGUCUAACAGCGCUGUUCCAGCCAUACUGGGAGGCAGUUUUGUUGCUUUAAAUACCCAAAAAACAUAGUUUAUUAUUUUUUUCUGUCUUUCCAAGAUUUCUCUCUAUUUUCAGGAUAUUUAAAUUUUUUUGUUCAAAUAAAAUCCAGUCUCCUUGCCCCCUUUUUCUCUUGAUAAAAGUCUUGAUAAAAUUAGAAUGUGGACAGCAGUUCUACUUCAGUGCUGGUACUCGGCAUAAAGCUUGAAGGAGAAAUAGAUUUGACUUGCCCGGAGAAAAAGUAUUUUAAGGUGUCUCUGAUGAGGGAAAUGAAGCUCUUAUCAAGUAGUUACUUGAGCAUAACUACCCAUAUGGAUUUUCUUAUUCCAGAAAUAUAACCUUAUUGUGAAUGAAAUAGUAAAUAGUUUUUCCUAUGUGUAGCUCAUAACAGAAUACCAUAUAAAAUACAAUAAGCACAUCCUGCCUCCUCCUAAGUUCAUGCCACAUGAAAAUGCUUGUCUCAGAACAAGUCCAUCCAUCUGCAGACCUGUCAGGAACGUGGUGCCUUCUGGAGUGAGGUGUGGCCUCAGAAUCCCUGGCAUUUCAUGCCAUUUUCUUCUCCCUCACUUCUGCAUUUGUUCCUUUAACUGUUGCAUUGCAGUGACAUACUCCAAGGAGUGGAGUGGCUGGGAUUCCCUUGUUCCUACACAUCCGUAUUUCCUGUGAUUUCUUUGCUGCCACAGGUGUAUUUCCUGUUCCCUUUGUUGCUUCACAGCUCUAUUUCCAAGCAGGUCUCUUUAUGUCUACAUGAGGCUCCAGCUUGGCUCUGACAGAACCCAUCAUUUGCACUGACAUGUUGCUCACUUAUCUUCAGCUCUGUGUUACCAUUAGAUGGGCAGUUGGCUGCAUAGUCUUUGUUUAUAGCAGGAAUCAAAAGUCUCAGGACUUUUUAAUGCUCAUUCUAUAUAAAGGCCCUUUAACUGCAACCUUAACAGAGGUUGCAGGUUAGAAGAGACCUGUAAAAAUCCUCUUUACACCCCAGGACCUUGGAGAAUCUGUUACCUUUAUGCACAUCAGAAAGGUUUUGAUGCUGCAGGAAAGUAUGCACGCUGUAUGUUCUAGGUCUCUUGUAGCCACCUCUCAUGUCUUCACUGUUAAACCACUGUGUCUCUUCUUUCUGUAUCUUCUUUUGAAAGUCUUAUCUCUAAACAAAGACAUAUCUAUAUUUGAUCCUGCAUUUUAUUGACACUGUUGGGUCCAAACUCUGUGUGAGCAGAGCCUUGUGAACCAGUGAGCGGAAGGUGACAUAGUGAUUGCAUUUUUCAAAGCACUGUUUUAGCUGAAUGUCGGGACAAAUUAUACUGGAUAGAUUGUUUUCUCAUUAUAUUGGCCUGGGAAACAGAAUUUUUAUUUGCCUUUCAAUAUGCUUAGCUUUAAACCAGUUUAAAAUUAUUUAAAGGUGUUUGUUGGGUUUUUUUUUAUACAAGACCAUAUUUAUAUGCAAUUAUUAUUUGUAAACGUAAUGCUUUUCUUGAAAUGCUAAGGUCUAGAGUGAAAAUGAUGCAAAAGCCUCCAUUAAGAAUAGCACAGUGAAUUGACUUGGAGUUCCAGAAAAGAUGUUGUUUAUUGAACUUCCAGAUUUUCUAGUUAGCUAUUACUGAAGUGACAAGUCCAUCUUGGUAAGGCAGAUGUUACUAUAUAUUCAGCUACCCAGAUUGUUACACUAAAAUUACAUGCAAUAAUCUCUUGAGCAAGUUUAAGCCAAAAUGCUUUCCAUUUGGGCACAAAAUACAGUUGAUCUCUUAUUUUCAUAGAGUGAUGCCUUGUGACUUGAAUUGUGAUUUUUAUGUUUAAUUUUUUUUUACAAAAUUUUGAUUUAAACAGGUCUGGCUUGAGGGUGCUGCAGUAACCACCUCCAGUCAGCUGCUGCAGAUGGGUUUUUGGAAGGUUCAUGUUUUUUAAAUCAGGGAGCUAUGAAAAAGGCUGUUAACAGAAACAUAAAGACAAAACAAUGAAAGUGUUCACUUGAAACUUAGAAAAACUACAUCAUGACCUAGACUUUAUAAUUUCAAAGUGGUUUGUUUUUUUCUUUUUAGACUAUGCAUGCCAAAUGUCUUGUCUUUUUCAAUGAUUUGUAAUAUACAUUUUAUGACUGGAAACUUUUUGUACAACAUACUCGAAUAAAUGUUUUGCAUUUUA